CCACGAAGAUCCAGCGAAGAAGACCCACAAGCAAACCUCGCUCCCACAUCGUCUUCUUCCCCUCAUGGCGCCUCCCGCCGCCGGCGACACCCCACCUCCUCCUCCGGCCAGCACCGAGGAGGAGUCGCGGUGGCUCGCGGCCCUCUCCGAGCCCGAGCUCGAUCUCCUCAUCGGCCUGAAGAUGCUGGCCGUGAAGCGGGCGGAGACAGCCGGCCGCCCCCACCUCGCCGACGCCUUCGAUCUGCGCACCCUCCGGGCCCUCGGUGUAGUUUUGCUGGAAGAUUUCAAACAGCGGCUAAGAGAAGAAACCUCACUCGAUGUAACCGGUCUUGAUAGACUUGCACUAUCAAGGGAUCCUGUUAUGGAUGCUAGUGUCGGUACUAGUAGCAGUGAUUCCGAGGUGUUCAGGCGGCGCAAGCAAAGAUCAGCCAAUAAAGCCAAGCGGUGUCAAGAGGAAACGAAAGCAGAUGCAAGAUGGGCGUCAUGGAGAGGCUGACCAAAGGAACAAGAAAAGAAGAAAAACGAGCCCGAGGAGAUAGCGGUGAUCAUAAAUCGAUUGCGAUACCACCGGAUGUCGUUGAGCAAGAUGGAGGCUUGGAGCUGCUGCUCUUGUAAAUUUUGCUCUACCUUUCCGACUUUUCAUCUGGAGUAAAAAGAGGCGAAGAGCUCGACUAGCAGAUACAUAGAUGCCCAUUAUGUUGGUCAAAGUUUUAUUUUCGGCUAAAUGGAUGCAACCAAGCUCACUGAUGAAAGAAAUUAUGAUUGUCA